AUGCGAAGUUUUCUUGUUGUUUUCCUUUUCAUUUGCUCUUCUGUGUUACUAAUCAAAUCAAAGAGGCCUACUUUGAGUGAUGAUGUUGUGGGGCUGCUUGUGUUUAAAGCUGGUCUUGAAGAUCCUCAUGGUAAAUUGAGUUCUUGGAAUGAUGAUGAUGAUGAUGAUGAUGAUAGUUCUUGUUGUACAUGGACUGGAGUAAAAUGCAACCCCAAAUCCAAUAGAGUGUCUGAGCUUGUUCUCGACAGCUUUGGCCUUUCGGGUAAACUAGGCAGAGGCCUCCUUAAUUUGCGCUCUCUACGAAAGCUCUCUCUUGCUAACAACAAUCUCACCGGAGGCUUAAGUUUUGAUUUAUCUCAGCUGCCCCAUCUCAAGGUCCUUAACUUGAGUGAAAAUCGAUUAUCCGGGUCCGUUUCAAGUGGUUUCUUUACCCCAUGUGGGCCCUUAACAUCUAUUUCUCUGGCUAAGAACAACUUUUCAGGCCCUUUGCCUUUGGGAAUUGGGAACUGUCCUUUGCUGGAAACAAUCGAUUUGAGCUGGAAUAAGCUAUCCGGUCGACUUCCGGGCACAAUGCAAAGCCUCUCAUCGUGCAGUAAUCUAAUUUUAGGUGGAAAUGGAUUUGAAUCGAGCGUGCCUCAAUGGAUUGGUGAAAUGAGAAGCCUCGAAAUCCUCGAUCUUUCUGAGAAUAGCUUUACCGGCCAACUUCCUGAUUCUUUAGCAAAGCUUCAGUCAUUGAAGAUUCUAAAUGUGUCUCAAAAUAUGCUAUCUGGUAAUCUUCCUUCUUGGGUGUUCAGACUUGGUUUGGAGCAGGUUCUAUUUUCAAACAACAGAUUCAGUGGGAGACUCGAGAAUGUUUUCGAUCUAUCCACCGAGAACUCCAGGGAAAAAGUUGUGAUUUUGGAUUUGUCCCAAAAUCAAUUCUUUGGCAGCAUCCCAGUAAGCAUUGGUGAACUAAAACUUUUAAGUGUUUUAGAUUUGAGUGAGAAUCAGUUAAAUGGCAGCAUUCCUUCAGAGAUUGGACGACUUGAAUCUCUUAAAUCCUUGUAUCUCGAUCACAACCAAAUUACGGGCCCCAUCCCUCUCUCCCUCUCGAACCUCACUCGCCUCGAAAAAAUCGGUCUUUCCUUCAACAAACUCUCCGGAAGCCUACCUAUCCAGCUGUCGAACCUUAUACACCUUCGCUCGUUUAACAUCUCACACAACAAUCUCCAAGGCAAACUCCCGUCCGGCAGUUUUUUCAACGCCAUUCCCAUAUCCUCCAUUUCCGGUAACCCGUCCCUCUGUGCAGGCCCAAUCAAUUCAUCCUGUCCGGCAGUCCUCCCGAAGCCAAUCGUGCUCAACCCGAACUCUACAUCUUCCACUCCAAACCCCAUUAGUUCAAAUUCGUUUUCCCACGGAAAAAAAGUCUUAACCGUCUCGGCCCUGAUUGCCAUCUGUGCUGCUGGGGCUAUUUUCGUGGGCGUGAUCUUCGUGACAGUUCUUAACCUCAGGGUGCAAUCCUCCUCUCUUCGCCUACCUGUCGUCUCCUUCUCCUCCUCCUCGAGUGAGGACAACAAUGGCGGCAGUCUUGGCUCGUCCGGUCGGGAUUCCGGUAAGCUCGUUUUGUUCUCCGGCGCCAACCACGACUUUAUAAACCUUGCUUCUUCCGGUGGGGCCCGCAGCCUUCUCGGCAAGGACUGUGAGAUAGGACGAGGCGGGUUCGGGCCGGUUUACCGGGCCUCUCUUGGAGACGGGCAGCUGGUUGCUGUCCGGAGGCUGGUUUUAUCGGGACCCGUCGGGCCACAGGAAGAUUUCGAGAGGGUGGCACGGAAGCUCGGAAAGGCCCGCCACGUCAACCUCGUGGGCCUUGUCGGGUAUUAUUGGGCCCCUUCUCUGCAGCUCCUAAUUUACGAAUUCGCCCACGGGGGAAACCUGCAUGGGCGCUUGCAUGAAUGUUUAGACGGGAAAUGCUUGUCGUGGGACGAGCGGUUCGAUGUUAUUCUCGGAACGGCUCGUGGGCUGGCCCAUUUGCAUGAGAUGAACGUGAUACAUUAUAAUCUGAAGUCGAGCAAUGUGUUGAUUGAUGAAUCGGGCCAGCCCAAAGUUGCGGACUUUGGGCUAGCCCAAUUGAUGCGAGAUCAUUACAAUGUGAAGUCGAGUGCGGUCGGGUAUGUGGCGCCCGAGGUCUCUUGUGAGACGGUUAUAUUAACCGAGAAAUGUGAUGUUUAUGGGUUUGGUGUGUUGGUUCUUGAAGUGGUUACGGGCCGGAGGCCCGUGGAGUACACGGAGGACGAUGUGGUGGUGCUUUGCGAGAUGGUGAGGGGUGCAAUGGACGAAGGGAAAGUCGAGGAAUGCAUUGAUUUUCGGUUACGAAGCGAGUUUCGAUUGGAUGAGGUUAUACGGGUCGUGAAAUUAGGGUUGAUUUGCACUUCUCAAGUGCCCUCGAGUCGACCGGGUAUGGAUGACGUGGUUAGAAUGUUGGAGCUUGUUAAGCGUCGUGAGGGAAUGGAUGAGUUAGACGGGUUUUCCUCUGACGGUUGA